GCCGAAAUAAGGCGUGCCCGCGCUCUCAAUGCCGACGAGCAGCAAGCCGACGACCAGCGCGGAGGCGGAGCGAAUCCGCAGGGCGGCUGCUGCCGUCGUCGGUAUCCGGCAGCGCGAGCUCUUCGAGCAGCCGUCGCUGCUCAUGCUGCAGACAGGUUCGUUUCAGCCGUUCCUGACUUGGGCGCGCUCGACGCGGCAGUGCAUCCAGCGCUCGCCCAGCAAUGCGGUCCUGAGGCCGGAAUGUCGCGAGCCGGGGCCCGCGGCGCAGCCCAGCGCCAGCGCGCCCUCAAGAGCAAGAGCGCGGUCCUGCGACAUGUGUGGCGCUCAGAUCGGGAAGAGCAGCGCCUGCCACCGCUGCUGGUUUGACAAGUGGGAGUCCUCAGUCCUGCUUCGGAACCUCGAGCGAAAGGCGGGCGCGCGGUCGCGCCUAGCCGCCUCGAACGCCGCAGCCUCGGCCGAAGGCUCGGCAGCCGCCGCCUCAGCCUCUGCGGCGCGACCGCCGCCGCCCCGCGCCGCCGCGCCCCAGUCGCGCGGGCAGCGAGGCGCCGCCGCCACCGCCGCCGCCGCCGCCGCCGCCCUCACCAGCGGUGCACCUCCGCCUCCGCUGCCGCCGCUUCUGCUGCCGCCGCCGCAUCGCGUCUUGCCCGCUGUGAUGGCGACGCCUCUGCUGGCGGUGGGCUUCUGCGCGCCCUCGCACGGCCGCGCCACAUCGCUGCCGCCGCCGCCCGCCGCGUCGGGUGCCCGGGUGUGAGAAGGGGGGGGGGGGGGGAGCAGGGCGGCGGAAGGGCAGGGCGGCCGAGGGGCAGGGCGGCGGAGGGGCAGGGCGGCGGCCCGUCGCCUCGCCUCUGCCGCUCGUCUGGGCGCCGUCUCGCGCGACGCGGCCGGCGCACGGCUGGUUCGACCGGCGACCCGCCGCGCCGGCCCCUUCGCCGUCGUUGCCCGCCGCCGUCGAGCUCUGCUUGUCUUGUUGUCUUCUGGGCCCGCAGCCGGUGGCAACGUUGCCCACGCACGCACCGCGGAGAGGAGGAAGAGGGGUGGACGCACACGCCAAUCCGCACCCUCCGCCCGCAUCGCGUGAACUCGAGGUGUGUCGUACCCGCUGCGGGGCGCGACACCGUUUGCACUGCAGCUCUCUGCUUUUCGGCUCUUGUUUCACGCUCUCUCCGCGCGCGUGCGCACACUGCGCUCUCUCUGAUGCGCGAUGGCUGAGCUGGCCCGCGGGCGCUGCUGCUCGCACGCGGAGAGAGUCGCUCACUCCGCCCCAUAAGGUUGUCCAAGCUCUUUUAAACGAAUAGCACCCAC